AUGGAUACAUUACCUUCAGAACUUUUGAGCAAGGUGAUCUCAUUCCUCAAUGUCGACAGAGUGCGACUGAAAGCGUAUGCCACAAUAUCUCGAAAAUGGCAACACAUCGUUGAAGAGCGUACAUUCGCUUGGUUGCGUGUACGAUCGAUGGAACUAGAUAUGUUCAUGAAAGCCGUGGUAAAAUCACCUCACAGACAUCGCCGGAGCAGCAUACGAAAUCUGCAUUUCUACAUUGUACUUCUCGAUUACAGUGAGAGCGCCUGCGGGCGUUUCGAGAGGGAAUCAGACAGACGGCUCAACAACGAGGCUUUCAGCCAUGCUAUUGCUGCUUUGUCUGCUGUUCUGGUUGCUUUCGAGGUUGUUCGCGAUUCCGGAACUUACGAUCUGCAUUUCGAGCGCUGCUACUCUUCUUUAGAUGCCGACAAACGGGUCAAGAGAAGACUGAGAGCAGACACACUUGCAGUCAUAGCGGGAGCACGCUAUGAUGUAUUCGAGGAUAGAUACAAGGACUUUCAUCUGCAUCUCUUGCAAGCAGAGCAGCUGCCAAAGUUGCACAGUAUUUCCUCACUCACGAUCUUUGGAGACGGCCCACGAAAACUCGCGCCAGCAAUCGCUCCAGCACUUGCCUCCGAAAUGCCAAAUCUGCUUUAUGCCAACUGGGAGUUCUCGGAUACGGAAAGGACACGAUCGAGCCGUCGCACUCGACUCAGGUUAGACCUUGCAAAGCAACUGCGGCUGCUUGAUCUAUCCAAAAUCAACGCAUUCCAGCUUACUUUCCAUCACCAAGAGCCCUGGAAUGAGAAAUCCAGCAAUGCAGAUGUGCGUGGUCAAGCUCGUCUCCCCGGCGAUGAGUUAUCCGCUGCAUUGCAAAAACUUGCGCAGGCGCCCAAUCUGACAGAGUUAAUGUUGUGUGGACCUAUUUGUGUUGGCCCUGAAAACUUCUGGCCGGGAGAGGAGCUCGCUGAAGAUACACCAUGGCGUUCAUCAGAGGAGCUCUGUGUCGUAAUCGUCGCAGUUAGACCCGAUGGCGGGUGGUACACUGGACUGGAGAUGGAUUGGGGGACACCGGAUGCUGAUGAUACCACAAGUGCGAGGAGCUCUGAAUACGAUUCCACAGAACCCUUCGCUAUUGAUGAGCUUCCACCCGAUACAUACGGCUACGAAGAAGAGGAACGCGAUCGGAUCAUUAAUGGCAAUCAACCUUGUGACGUGUUCCGCUUAUGGACCCACGCCAAACUUGACGAGCUAUUCACAGCCGUUGCACGUGCUGCCACGAAGAUGUCUAAGCUGUGCCGAAUGGACGUCGGGCUCGACGCGUGGGGUGGAAGAUUAAGCGACAAUAGGUUGAUCUAUAUCAAUGCUGGUGACAGUCAUCCACGCGACAAGAAGCCAAGCCAUAAGCAACANUGGAGAGGGCCAAGAGGAUGGCGGAUGGAGGCUGAUCUGGAAAAGGCCUGGAGAAUGCUUCUGGGUGUGAAUGGUAUCGUAAGAUAUUCAGCAUAUGGAGAAUGUGCUCGUGACAGAAAGGGAUCUUGUUGA